UCGAAGCGUUUGCGGUGUUACGGAGUUCAGUAUCGCGCGCGUCAUUCCGGGUUCGCUGUGCUACCUCGUGUGUGUGUUUGUAUGUGUGUGAGCUGGGCCAAUCUAGGUUCUUCCCUUGCACUAGUGGUGUAAUCUCGGCGCAGGGUUCCCAGGCCUGAAGAAGGAAGUUCUGUUCUGUGUGGAGAGUUUUAGGGGGUUCGGUGCGCUGAAAGAACGCCGAGUUGCGGAGUUCAUUAGAGAGCAUGUGUCCUGUCCACUCCGUGUCACGACACGUCCACGUCAUGCAGUGUCGAGAUUAAUGCGUUCGCUAAUUAGCUAAUUAAUUCGGUGGUGGGUUCUGGUGCAGCUCAGGCGGUUCCUCUCAGUGUGACCUUAUUUGACAGGUUUUGAUAAUCUGCUCGAAAAGUGCUGCUGCGCCAGCUUGUUGGUGACUUCAUAGCCCCGGUGUGACGGCAGCAGUGUCUGUACCGGAGUCUAGUCUCUUUCGCGAGAACCCCCACGCGCCAAACCAAAGAAGUACUCCCAUUUAAGGCGUGUGGUAUUACUCAUCUAGAUAUUCCGUGUUGUGUGUUGUACCGUUCCAUUUUGUGGGACUUGUUCGUAAACAUCGAGCAAAUUUGCCUCCGCGUCGAGUCCGCGGCGUAUUAAUCAGAACCAAUCGGGGUGUCGCUGCUCGACUCGUAGUGUUGUGUCAUAACUGCCGUUAACGAGUGUCGUGUCGUGUACACCAGCCAGCAAUCUAUGCUCUAACGCUGCAUCGACAUCGCGUUCGCAGCUACCACGUCUUGCUGGUUCUGCUCAGUGUCCUACCCCAAGCAGAUCUACUUGAAUGCCGUUGAAGCGAGCGUUUCAACGCGAAGACAAGAAUCAAAACAAAUCGCUGUCCCGCGCGGGUUGUUUCAACGAAGUAGAUCCGUUUGUGUGAGUUCAGAUUUUGGGACUACUGAAAGAUUCAACAGUCAGUCAGGGCAAUAACAUAACUUCAAUAAACGCGUUACGCACGGUAGUGAAAGUUUACGGUGAAGCCCCCCCCUCGCAUCCAGAUUGAAGAAUAAAUUAUUAAUUGACGUGAAGAGAGGGGAAAAGGCUGACUUCCCGUCGAGGCACAGCUGGUGGGAUUCGUUGAACGAGGGGAGAAGAAGAUUCAGUGAGCAAGUUGUUCUGAAAGUAAAGCAAAGUUUGUGUUGUGUGUGUCGGCGGUGAAGUUGUGCCGAAGUGAGGAAAACCUUGAAGGAGAACAUCUGAAUCGGAGAUUGAGCAACCCGGGAACGCGUAGCAAUACGCGUUAAAGUUUGGUCAGAAUUGAGCCGCCUAUGUACAUCAAGAAGGAGAAGAAGGAAGGAGUAACAAUGCGUGAGAAAAAAGGAGGUGCCCUGCAGAAGCUCAAAAAGCGACUAUCGCACAGCUUCGGUCGAUUAUCGAUAUCCAGGGAGGAUAACGACGACAGCACGCAACACAAUAACCACCAUCUGCCGCACCAUCACCACCACCACCACGGACAUGGCCACAAUCGUGGCGGUAAAGUGCCCUUCAACGGUUACACAUCCGAGGAGUAUCUGGACCGGUUGGAACCGAACGGAAACAUUCCGGCCGACAAGCAGACGUACCAUAAACACUGGAACCGGGUCGGCGACCACGAGCGGGUCCACCGGCAGCUGUCCGUGUCCUCCGACAGCAAGCUGCUCGACGAGGACAUCCGGGAGGAAACACGUGUGAUAAUGCGACCUAAGAAGCCGCCCCGGCCCAAGUCCGAGGUGUUCCUGAACAAACACGACCCGCAUCCCAGGAGGAAACGAUUCAGUGCAUUUGGGGGUGACUCUCCGUUCGGCAAAACAGAAGCAUACAUCAAACUCGAGCAGCUCGGCGAAGGAUCUUAUGCGACGGUAUUCAAGGGUUAUAGCAAUUUAACAAAUCAAGUGGUGGCGCUAAAGGAAAUCCGGUUACAGGAAGAGGAAGGUGCCCCGUUCACGGCGAUCCGGGAGGCGUCCCUGCUGAAAGAACUGAAACAUUCAAACAUCGUGACGCUGCACGACAUCGUCCACACGCGGGAAACGCUCACGUUCGUGUUUGAGUUUGUGAAUACCGACCUCUCGCAGUACAUGGAGCGGCAUCCGGGCGGGCUGGACCACCGAAACGUGCGACUGUUCCUGUUCCAGCUGCUGCGAGGCCUCUCCUAUUGCCAUAAAAGACGCGUUCUGCACCGGGACGUGAAGCCGCAGAACCUGCUCAUCAGCGAGAUGGGCGAACUGAAGCUGGCCGAUUUCGGGCUGGCCCGUGCCAAGAGUGUUCCAAGUCACACGUACUCGCACGAGGUGGUCACGCUGUGGUAUCGACCCCCAGACGUACUGCUGGGCAGCACCGAGUACUCGACCUCGCUGGACAUGUGGGGCGUCGGGUGCAUAUUCGUCGAAAUGAUCACCGGCAUGCCGACGUUCCCGGGCAUCCGGGACACGUACGACCAGCUGGACAAGAUUUUCAAAAUCCUCGGCACGCCCACGGAGGAGUCGUGGCAGGGCGUAACGCAUUUACCGGGCUAUAAGCUGCAUAUGUUAGGCUUCUUCAAACCCCGCAAGCUAGGCUUAAGCUUUCCCCGGCUGUACGAUAUUAUCGAGGGUGAGAUGAUGGCGAGUGCGUUCCUGCAGCUGAACCCGGACAACCGGAUAAGCGCCGAGGACGCGCUCCGGCACCCCUACUUUGCUCCGUUGCCAAAAAAGCUGUACGAGCUUCCGGAUGAGCUGUCCAUCUUCACCGUCGAGGGUGUGUACCUUCAGCCGGAGCCAAACCGCCACCACCAUAAAUGAGAGUUAAGACAAAGUAAAACCCUAGAUGCAAUACGUUAUUACUGUUAGUAGUGAAUGCAUAGUAGUUCGGCCCUCCCCCCUUCCUCAUCCUACCCACACUCGCUCUGUUUGCUUGAGGAGGAGGAGGAGGAGGAAGAGGGUAACGAGGGUGAACAAGUAAAACAAAAAACAAGUUGAGUAAAACAACAAGAAAGAUUUAAGGUAACACUAAAAUACUGAACUAAUACAAGCACACGUGCACCAUGUGCCACACCCCUGCGUUCUGCGUUCUGUGAUCAAAGAAACAAACAAAAACAAAAAUAUAACAGAAGGAUUCGCGCGAAAGAAAUGGAAUUUAACAAACUACUAACGAGAGCACGUACCCGGCGAAGUAGUUUGUUCCAGUGUUAAUCAAACUAACGCGCAUGUUUUGAGCAGCACUCGCUCUAGAUUUUUUUCUUUCAUCUUCCAGCAACGCAUAGUUUUCGUUCUUCUCUAUUAACUUUUAACUCGAGAGAA